UUCAUAAAUUGUCAUCAUUUGUUAAGUACAAUUACCAAAACAAUUACAACCAUUUGACCUAAAGAGAAAGUUAAAGAAACAAUUAUAAAAGGGUUUCCAGGCAUAUUUGAUGGGUCACUUUAAUGAACCAAUAUGAUAUGCUACACACCAGCAGGAUCUAUACCAGUUUCAGAAUGAACCCAAAUAGAUUCCCUAAUUCAGUGCUUCACAUAUAGAAGGUGUCUUAUAUUCAGAGUCAGUCUGGUGGUCAGAAUAGAAGUAUUGUAAUUCACUUCCCAUUCACCAGCCAGUAUCAGUAUAUCUGUUACAGUGUAAAGUUUGAAUAUUGGCAAGUCUUAACAUGUAAGCCUACUGGUAAAUGUCAACGCUUUACUUCGGAGCAUUGGCCAAUAAACGUCAGUAAAUGUCUGAAAAGCAAUAUAUUUCUAAAUAAUUGUGGACAUUUACCACCUUACUUGGUAAAUGUUGACAGUUACCAGUAAUAUUUAAGAUUUAUCAGAUUCAAACUUUUACCAGUACCUACAGCUACCAUCCAUAUCCCACAGGAAUUAAGAAAUAAAACACAUUGCUGAAUCUUGUACAGUGCUUAGUUAUUUAUUUGUUUAUUUAUUUAUUUUGCAGUUCACCAAUUAGAUUUGUUGUAUGUACUAUUAAAACCACUCUUUAAAGCAAUUCCAAAAGCCUUAAUUAAGCAAUAAUACCCAAACUAGCAGCCUUUAUUAUCAUGUCCAAAUUAGGUACUUUAGGUAAGUAUGUCAAGACAGAGUGCUGUGGGGUGAUGUGAUCACGUUUUUUACAUCUGUUCCAUCCUUCUUGCUCAAGAGACCUAGCAUGCCUCUAAAUAGAUGUCUAACCACGAGGCACCCCUAGUUUGAACCUCACAUAUCAAGAGAUUACACUGCAGGAGAAACAUCAGGAGAACACUUAUUGGUUUUGAAUCCAGAGCUGAUCAUGACUACUGAUCCAUGGGUGGGAACCUGGAGGCCUCAAAAGUCUAGAAGACCCAUUGGAGCACAGUACUCCGGUCCAGGCCCAAAGUAUGGAAUCCCUUCUGCAACAGGAACCAUCAAGCAUGACCCAACAAAAAACAAAGCCCCUGCUUAUUCUUUCGGUAUUCAACAUGUCAGUUAUAAUGCCGACAGUUCUCCAGGUCCAAAGUACUUUGUGUCAUGCAAAAUGACAAGAAUGGGCAAGGAUGUCUUCCCCGCCUAUUCCAUGUGUUUCCGGAGCAAGGAGCCCAAGAAGGCAAAAGCACCUGGUCCAGCAACCUAUUUUCCAGAAAAAGCUACAAAGUGUUCCUAUAAUACGCCACCUGCUUAUACGAUGGGCAGCAAGACGAAACACUUUAAAAUGGACAGUGUGCCAGGGCCAGCCGACUACAAAAUACCUACAACGCUGGGAAGAAAUUCACCAGUCAAGUCCUCGGCACCCUGUUACUCAUUGAGAAUUAAAAGCAAUUUAAACGUUCUGCACGAGGGUCCAUCACCUAACACUUAUAAGACUACAAACCUUAAUGUCUAUAAGUGCACCGCCCCUCAGUACAGCAUGUCAACCAAAGGUGGGAUGUCUAGCGGUUUAGGCAAUACGCCUGGACCCGCUGACUACAAAACAGAAAAGGUGACCUGCAAUAAGUAUACUCAUCCUGCAUUUACAUUUGGUGUUAAACACUCCGAAUAUAUGGCACCAUUAGUUACAGCGAUCUGAAUCUG